CAAAAUAGUCCCCCCUCCAAUAAUUUUAGAUCUAAGAGCAUAGUACUGAUCUCAAAAUGUUCUCUCCUCCUCAAACUCUCCUUCAAAACCUCUCUGAAUCUGAUUGUUUCUCUUUGAUGGAUGUUAAUGGUCUUGUUUGUCUUUGGUGAAAAGCUUUUCUCUUCACCGUCGACUGAGUUGUUAAGGCUGUGCAUGUUUCACCUCUAAGACACUCUGGAAAGUUUCCAAGGUUUUUCUUUCUUCACUUCCACUUCCACUUCAAUUCUAUUAUUUCUCUCUGUUUAAAUCUCUACGUACUUUCUGUCUUCAGUUUUAUUAUAAAUCUCUGUGUUCCACUGUUGUUUACCAGAAAAAAACAAAAAAAAUUCCUGUAUUCUCUUUUGAUUUUAGGAAACUUUGUAAUUUUCUCUGCAUUCUGUUUUCAUUUUACUAAGCUCACUUUCUUCUUUGCAAUUUCUGUUUUACAACACAAGUUCUCUUUGUCCAAUUAUAUUGUAAUUCUCUAUAGUCAACCUUGCUUGUCAAAAAAAAAAAAAACUUUAGAUCCCCUCUUGCAAAGUGUUCCUUUGAUAUCUUCAUGUCCUCUACAAAAUUGUAUUUCUCUUUGUUCAACUGUUACUUACCAGGAUAAAGAAAUCUCUGUAUAUCUUCUUCUGUUCUAGAAAUCUUUGUAAUCUCUUCCUCUGCCACUCUAUUUUAACUCUGUGUUCAGCAAUUACUAUUCUGUUUUCAAUAGUUGUUUGUUUCUUCUAGUUUUACAUAUUGCAUUCCAUAAAAAGGGAAAAAAAAAAGAAAAAAAAAGAAAAGAAACAGGGAGAGAGGUACAUAACUGAAAUAGAAGUGAGAAAUGGCUACUGGUUGGGUUGGUUUUGUUGGUCCAACUGUAGGCAAGAUUGGAGAAUUUCUAAUGGCUCCAGUUGGCCGUCAUUUCGGUUAUCUAUUUACCUACAAAAGCAAGGUCAAGAAUCUGAAAGAUGAAGUCAAGAAGUUGGAUGAGAAAAGAAAUGCAAUGCAGCUAUCAGUUGAUGAAGCAAAAAGAAAUGUAAAACGUAUCGGACCUGAUGUUAAGGGGUGGCUGGAAAGGGUUGAUAACUGCCGCAUAGAGGCCAGAGAAAUUCUAAAAGAUGAAGUUGAAGCAAACAAAGGGUGUCUAUAUGGGUGGUGUCCAAAUCUGCCGUUACGUUACUCGCUCAGUAAGAAAGCAACCAACAAGGCAAAAGAGGUGGCUCAGUUGCACGAAGAGAGGAAACUGAUGGAAGUGGCCUACAACGAGCCUCUACCUGGGAUAGAAUUCACAUCCACUGAAGGUAUUAAGCUUUUUGAAUCUAGAAGAUUGAUUAUGAACGAUGUCAUGGAGGCACUGAAGGAUGAUAGAUUCCACAUGAUUACAAUAUGUGGGAUGGGAGGUGUUGGUAAGACAACAAUGGUGAAAGAAGUUGCCAAAAGAGCAAAAGAAGAGAAAUUGUUCGAUGAGGUUGUGAUGGCUGUAGUGUCCCAAAGUCCUAAUGAAAGAAAGAUUCAAGGUGAAAUUGGAGAUAAUUUGGGUUUGAAAUUUGAGGAGGAGACUGAACGUGGAAGAGCAAAUCGACUGUGUGAAAGACUAAGGCGCACCAAUAGAAUCCUUGUCAUAUUGGACGAUGUUUGGAGGCGUCUCGAACUGAAUGACGUAGGAAUUCCAUUUGGAGAUGGUCAUAGAGGUUGCAAAAUUUUACUGACUUCUAGAUUUGAUAAUGUAUGCAACGAUAUGAAUGCUCAAACGAAAUUUACAAUUGAAGUCUUGACUGAAGAAGAAGCAUGGAAUCUCUUUCAGGAGAUGGCUGGAAUUUCCAACAACACGAGUCACACAAGUACUGAUUUGUAUAUCACGCAGAAGAAAGUUGUGGAUGAAUGUGGAUGUUUGCCGAUUGCUAUUGUUACAGUUGCGAGGGCACUCAAAGGUAAAGAUGAGCAGUCAUGGAAUUCAGCCCUUCUACAGUUACGUAAGUCCAUGGUAAAAAACAUCAGGGAAGUAGAAGAAAAUGUGUUUAAAUCUCUAGAGUUGAGUUACAACUUCUUAGGAAGUAGAGAAAUUAAGGAAUGUUUUUUGCUCUGCUCCUUAUAUGCUGAAGAUUUUAAUAUUCCAAUUGAAGAUCUUGUUAGAUAUGGAGUUGGGAUAGAGAUGUUUGAGGCCAUUGAUAGUGUCAACGAAGCAAGAGACAGAGUACAUGCCUUUGUCGAUGACUUAAAAAAAGGCUAUCUCUUGAUGGAUGGUGAACAAGAAGGUUGUGUUAAAAUCCAUGAUGUAGUUCGUGAUGUUGCUAUAUCAAUAGCAUCUAGGGAGGAGCAUUCAUUUAUGGUAAGAUGUGACGAAGCAUUGAAAGAAUGGCCGGAGAAAGAACGACACAAAAAUUAUGCUGUAAUUUCAUUGCGAUGCACUGGUAUGAGCAAGCUGCCUGAUAAUCUAGAAUUUCCAAAACUCCAUCUUUUACGGCUAGAGGACAAUUAUCGGUACAGGUAUGCAUCAAAAAUAACAAAUCUCCCAGAUAGUUUCUACGGAGGGAUGAAGGAACUCAAAGCUUUAAGCAUGUUGAAUGUGUACAUAGAAGGAUCACUGCCGACAUCCCUGCGAUGGUUGACCAACCUCCGAAGCUUGUCACUAUACGAAUGCGGACUGAUCAAUGAUGUAUCUGUAAUAGGAGCGUUAGAGAAUCUAGAAAUUUUGAGUUUUGAAGGCACCGAAAUCGAGGAGUUGCCAAAAGAAAUAGGCCGGCUUAGUCACUUGAAGCUACUGGAUUUGUUGCGAUGUGGUGUGGAGAGGAUUUGCCCAGGUGUUCUGUCGAGCUUAUCAAAGCUAGAAGAGUUGUAUCUGGGGUCUAGCUUUAAUGAUGAAAACAGGAUAGAAGAAGCUAAAGCGACUUUCACUGAGCUGUGUGGGUUGUCUAAUUUUACAACUUUGGUCAUUCAACUACGACAUGUUGCAUACUGGCCAAGAGACUUGGUCCUUACGAAUCUAAAAGCAUUCGCUGUAACCAUUGGGUUGCCUACUGGAUAUUUAUCUCAGAGGAUGAUCGGCACUAGAGGUUAUCGUGAUUAUCAGUUACAAAACCAGUUGAGUCUCGAGGAUCUUCAUGAGAGCGAUCUUAUGGAGAGUGAAUGCAAGAAUCUUCUCAAGAUCACUAAAAUUGUAGAAAUAACACGAGCAGUAGGUGUGAAGAAUGUUGGCUAUGAUUUAGACAAAGAUGGUUUCAAAAAAUUAACAGAAUUGUCCUUGGAAGAUUGUCAGGAUCUGGAAUAUGUCAUUGACACAACAGAUGGGGUUCCAUUUCCACAAAUAGCCUUCCCUGUGUUGCAGUCGCUAUGUCUCGAUAAUUUAGAUAAAUUGAAAGAGAUUUGUCAUGGCCAACUACCAGAGGAGGCCUUCAGUGCCUUAAAAAGGCUGAAACUAUGCGACUUGCCCGCAUUGACACAUUUGUGGAAGGGUCCUACUCAAUUUGUACGGCUCCGCAACCUGACUUCUCUAGAACUGAGGAUCUGUCAUAAACUGGAAAGGAUGUUCUCAUUAUCCAUAGCCAGAGAUCUGAUACAACUACAGAUACUUCAUGUAUAUCAUUGUCGUAAGAUGGAAGUACUUAUUUCGAGUGAAGAAGAAGGAGAUCAAAAUGAGAUAGCAUCAACAACAACAGAAACAACAGAUAAAAUUGUGUUUCCCAAACUAAAGGAUUUGUAUCUUGCAUACCUACCAAGUUUUACUGCUAUCUGUGAGGCUAUGAAUGGAAUUGAGUUGCUGCAAUUGAACAAGCUGAUACUCAGCGAGAUACCAAAGCUCAAUAGUUUUUGCAAUACUUCGGAUAGCAAUUACGAUACUAUUCAACCUCUCUUCAAUAAGGUGGCCUUCAGUGCGUUGAAAACGCUAGAACUAUCGGAAAUGCCCGCAUUGACACAUUUGUGGAAGGGUCCUACUCAACUUGUACGGCUCCGCAACCUCACUUUUCUAAAAUUGGAGAGAUGUGAUAAACUGGAAAGCAUGUUCUCAUUAUCCAUAGCCAGAGAUCUGAUGCAACUAGAGAUACUUCAUGUAUCUGAAUGUAGUAAGUUGGAAGUACUUAUUUCGAGUGAAGAAGAAGGAGAUCAAAAUGAGAUAGCAUCAACAGCAACAGAAGCAACAGAUAAAAUUGUGUUUCCCAAACUAAAGGGAUUGUAUCUUGAAAGCCUGCAAAGUUUUACUGCUAUCUGUGAGGCUGUGAAUGGAAUUGAGUUGUUGCAAUUGAACAGGCUGGAACUCCACAUGAUACCAAAGCUCAAAAGUUUUUGCAAUACUUCGGAUAGCAAUUACGAUACUAUUCAACCUCUCUUCAAUAAGGUGGCCUUCAGUGCGUUGAAAACGCUACCACUAUGGGAAAUGCCCGCAUUGACACAUUUGUGGAAGGGUCCUACUCAACUUGUACAGCUCCGCAACCUCACUUUUCUAAAAGUGGAGAGAUGUGAUAAACUGGAAAGCAUGUUCUCAUUAUCCAUAGCCAGAGAUCUGAUGCAACUAGAGAUACUUCUUGUAUCUGAAUGUAGUAAGUUGGAAGUACUUAUUUCGAGUGAAGAAGAAGGAGAUGAAAAUGGGAUAGCAUCAACAACAACAGAAGCAACAGAUAAAAUUGUGUUUCCUAAACUUGAGGACUUGUAUCUCCAUGACCUGCCAAGUUUUACUGCAAUCUGCAAGGCUGUGAAUGGAAUUGAGUUGCUGCAAUUGAACACGCUGAAACUCAGCCAGAUGCCAAAGCUCAUUAGUUUUUGUAAUACUUCGGAUAGCAAUUACGAUACUACUCAACCUCUUUUCAAUAAGGUGGCCUUCAGUGCGUUGAAAACGCUAGAACUAUCGGACAUGCCCGCAUUGACACAUUUGUGGAAGGGUCCUACUUAACUUGUACGGCUCCGCAACCUCACUUUUCUAAAACUGGAGAGAUGUGAUAAACUGGAAAGCAUGUUCUCAUUAUCCAUAGCCAGAGAUCUGAUGCAACUAGAGAUACUUCGUGUAUCUGAUUGUCGUAAGUUGGAAGUACUUAUUUCGAAUGAAGCAGAAGGGGUUGAAAAUGAGAUAGCAUCAACAACAACAGAAGCAACAGAUAAAAUUGUGUUUCCUAGACUUGAUGACUUGUAUCUCCAUGACCUGCCAAGUUUUACUGCAAUCUGCAAGGCUAUGAAUGGAAUUGAGUUGCUGCAAUUAAACACGCUGAAACUCAACCAGAUGCCAAAGCUCAAUAGUUUUUGUAAUACUUCGGAUAGCAAUUACGAUACUACUCAACCUCUUUUCAAUAAGGUA